AUGCAGACCCGAGACGCAGGGACUGGUGGUGGCGCUCGUGUAUCUGGUGGGAGACUGGGUGGACCCGAGACGCAGGGACUGGUGGUGGCGCUCGUGUACCUAGUGGUAACCAUUCUCUUCCAACACUUCUACUUCACACCUGAUUCGCCUUGGCUGCUCGAGUACAACGCGGCUCUGGCCUGCAUCUGCUACAUGGCCUUCCUGGGCUUUAUUGACGAUGUGCUCGACAUCCCCUGGCGCGUAAAGCUCAUUCUCCCGUCGAUCGCAGCACUGCCUCUCCUCAUGGCCUAUUCAGGCCACACCACCAUCGUCAUCCCCAAGCCGCUGCGGCCGCUGCUGGCAGGGCUGGCAGGCGAUGAGGUGGCCGUGUGGGACCUGGGCGUGCUGUACAAG